GCUUCGGCAAAACAGCUAGCUGCUGACCAUCGCAACCUGCUUAAGCUGGAAGCAAUUGCUGCCCAGAGUGGGUCUACACCGAAGAUCCUGAGCAAUUUGAAUGUUGUUUGCACAGCUACCAUUCGUGUACUCUGGUUGGCAUUUGAGGAGGACAAACGCCACCAUGGCAGCCAUGGUGGCUUGCAUCUCCUCCGUGGACAAACACUUCCUGAUUCCAAAAUCGUGGAAGACUGCCACGGCAUCCUGAGGAAAAAUGCUAAGAAGGGCUCGAACAAACGGCAAACUCUGCAGGCCUUGCAAGAGCUGGUGACAAGCUCAUCAGUGCUACAGACCAGGGACAUCAAACACAAAGCGUUUGUCACAAGAGAAGAGUUUUUGAGACGCUUUCCCAGAACCAAAGAUCGCAAACGGAAGAGGUUGGAGGGGGAAGAGGAUUUCAGGCAUGCUGAAUAUGUGGGCUUUUGCCUCGGCCAUGGAGUUUGGAGUGCAUUGUUUUGGCCGCUGAGCAUUCACAAGGAUGGCGAUUUUGAAGGAUACUAUUUGGACCCCAAAGGAGAAGUUGAGUGGGUGCACAUCUUGGACCCGCAGGAAUGGUUUGUGCUUCCUCAUACAGCUGUGCUGCACCAGGAGAAGAUCUACAUGGAAGUCACAUCCGACGUUCCCUUACUGCGCUUCUUCUUUGGGGAAGCCUCUUGUCGAAAUUCUUUGACAAUUGCUGACAUGACUGUGCUGUCUGAAGUGCUGAUGUUGGACAGCGAGCAGUUUAACCCAACGAAGAUGAAGCGUGAUCACCUACUCAUUUUGGACAAGGUAGGGAAUCUCUUGCCAAACCGGAGAAGAGCACAGUCAUUGGCCAUUGGAGAUGCGUUGGACGAAUUCAUCCUGUCUGAAAUGCCAUUGGAGGAGCAGCAAGACUUCAAAGAAGUUGCAGAUGAAGUCGACACCAAGAGAAAAUGUGGUUGGAGCCUCGUGGAUCAGAAGUGGAGAGAGCAAACGGCCAAAAAGAAGCCAAAAGCAAAAGCCAAGAGAAAGGCCAAGCCUAAACCGAAAGCUGUGCCGAGACGAUGUGGUAGAAAACGCAAGAGGUCUGAGGCUGAACUUCAGCAACAAGAGGAUCGCCAGGUAGCGCCCGCCCUGUUGGAUGGUCCAGCUGAGCCAGUGGCGGCUGCUUCGGAGCGGCCUGCUGAACCUUCUGCUCCUGCUGAUGUGGAUUCUGCCGAAGCAGGAGCUGUCGAACCUGAACCUGGACCAGUUGAACCCCGCAACGAUCCAGGUGACAUGGAUGAUGACAUGACGCUUGAAGAGCUGCGGCAACAAGCGGUCCGUCAUGCAGCUCCUGAAGACGCUGCUCCAGAUGCUGUAGUUUCUGAGGCACCUCCGAGGCCUGAACGUGCUGACGCAAAUCAGGAGCCUGCCCGCGCUCCUCGUGCUGGUCCGUUCCAGGAAGUUGUUCAACGGACUGACAUCAGUUGCCCGCACUGCAACACAAUCUGUGGACAAAUCAAGCUGGUGCCCAAUCCAGGAACAAGAGAUGAACCCACAUGGUCCAUGCGUGUCAAACAAGAUGGCGAAUGGCCUACUAAAGGUCGAUUCUUCAGGAGACGGCUGGCAAGAUUGAUCAAUGAUGAUCCUGACGAUGGAAACAAUCCUGAAGGUGCGAGGAAAUGGGUGAUGCAGAUGCAGAUGAAGACUUGCUGCGACGCGGGAAGAGGAUAA